AUGCUUGACAAUGUCCGAACGUAUCUGAGGAUUAAACCACAGGCUGUUCCAGAAGAUAUUACGAUCAGUGGGGAUUCGAUGAUAGUAGAUGGAAACAAGUUUUCCUUCGAUAGAAUCUUCCGAGGCUCCACACAGCAGGAGGUCUUUCAGGAGAUAUCGAAGAGUCUUCUGGUGGAAUGCAUGCAGGGAUACAACUGCACUCUUUUUGCAUAUGGGCAAACAGGAAGCGGGAAGACCUACACAAUACAGGGAAAUGCCCACAACAUUGGGAUUGUCCAAAGAUCGCUGGGUCUCCUACACAGAAACACGGAUCUGAAGAUCUCGCUUUCCUUUGUUGAGAUAUACAACGAAAUGAUGCUGGAUCUAUUUGAUCCCGAAGCCAAUCUAUCGAUUAGGGAGGAUCCGCUCUGCGGAGUGGUUGUUGACAAUCUGUCAACCGUGGAGUCUGAUAGCUAUGAAAAGAGCAUGGAGAUGUAUUCCAGGGGAAUAAGAACAAGAAGAACCUCAUCGACGUGUAUGAACAAGGAAAGUAGCAGGAGCCAUUCGAUCUUCAUUGUGUAUCUCAAGAGCAGUGGUGGGGUGAUGUCGAAGUCAUCAAGGCUAUGCUUUGUUGAUCUUGCAGGGUCUGAAAGGCUGAGGGAGAGGGAGAUAGAGGAGACCAAGAUGAAGGAGGCCGCCAACAUAAACCGAUCGCUUCUGUGCCUUGGGAAGGUGAUCAACAAGCUGAGCAACGGAGAGGACGGCCAUAUAGGAUACAGAGAGUCGAAGCUUACUUUUCUGCUCAAGGAUUCGCUGGGGGGAAACUGCAAACUGACGGUUAUCGGGAAUGUUUCUCUCGAAAGCAGGAGUGACACGGUGAAUACGAUGAACUUCCUCCAAAGGUCCAAGAUGAUAAGGAAUCUUGCGGUUGUGAACUCUGACGUGAACGGAGAGUUGGAAGAGGUGAAAAGCAAGUUGAAGGCCCUUGACAGCGAGAACCAGAGCCUGAAGGCCAGGAUUGCUCUGAUGGACACACAAAUGCAGGAGGAGUCCAAGGUUCUGCCGUCCUACCAUUACGACGUUAAAAGGAUGAAGGAUGCGAUUGACGAUGUCAUGAACACACUUCUGGAGCUCGAGGCGGUUACCAGAAAAAUGCCCAGUGCUGAGUUUGACAAAAGCAGAAAGCUCCUCCUCAACAUCCACGAGUGCUUUGCAUCGAUGCAUGGAAGUGAAAGGGAAGGCGAAGAAAGCAGUAUGAAGAGAAAGCGGAUGGGGGAGAGAGAAGAAUAA